AUGGGACAAAGCAGCACCAAUUGCAGCAGCGGCAGCAGCAACAGCAACAGCAACAGCAGCAGCAGCAACAACAACGGCAGCAGCAACAGCAUCAUUAGCAACAUCAACAGUAGCGCCAUAGGCAGCAGCGAGCAGCACAACAACAGCAUCAGCAGCAGCAACAACAGCAGCAGCAACAACGACAACAACAGCAACAACAGCAACAGCAACAGCAGCAACAGCAACAGCAGCAGCAGCAACAGCAGCAGCAGCAACAGCACAAGCAGCAGUCCAUCAGGAAAGACUGCAUUAUUCAGGUGUACAGACAGCUUGCACAGAGAGUUACUCUCCGCCCUUCUCACAGGCGCCAUCACUGCUGCUGUCUUCAACCCCUGGGAUAAAGCUUUAUACUUCAGCAGCACAACUGCACGACCGUUGUUAUCUGCAGAGAACUGGGGAAACCCUUUUCGCUGCACUUUUCAGGCAUUUGCAGGCCGCUUCCUUAGCACAGGUCUUUACUUCCCCUUAGCUUUAUACUUCAGCAGCACAACUGCACGCCCGUUGUUAUCUGCAGAGAACUGGGGAAACCCUUUUCGCUGCACUUUCCAGGCAUUUGCAGGCCGCUUCCUUAGCACAGGUCUUUACUUCCCCUUAGAAAGUUAUUUCUUUCGUUUAUUUCAAUGGGGUAUUUCUUCACUGCAACAUUCAAACGAAAGUCUACUCAUCACAGACAAUAAGCAGCACCAACAACAGCAACAGCAGCAGAAGCAGCAGCAGCAGGGGCAGCAAUACCAGCCACAACAGCAGCAGCAGGAGCAGCAGCAGCAGCAGGAGCAGCAGCAGCAGCAGGAGCAGCAGCAGCAGCAGGAGCAGCAGCUCGAGUCAGGGGGUGCGUUUAUUAUCUCCGAGGGGCCCCCCAAGGAAGAUCAGCAGCUAGGUAUUCUUAACAAGGUUUCAGGUGUAUGUACACUGCAGCCUGCUGCUGGAUUUGUAUCGGGUAUAUUUGCUGGAACUGUUUGUUCAUUUCUUAGCCAUCCUCUGACUGUUACGAAGUAUAUCUGCUGGAAUAACAACAUCAAAUUCUUUGCUGCAUUAACAACACUCCUGCAACAAGGCGGUUAG